UCUGACAUUCCGAAAUUCUCAAAUCUCGAAAGCUGAAUAUGCUUAUAAAAGCUGAGAGAGCCAGAGAGAGAGAGAGAGAGAGAGAGAGGAGGGCAAAGUGAAGAAAGCAUUGGCAUUGAGGCACAAGGUACUUGAUUCGCCGACACGCCACGGUCUCUCAGCGGCACAGCCCCACAUGCCACCAUUGGUGUACCCCAUUGCCCAGACCAAUCGUCUUCCCUUCUCCAACUUCUAAAGCUCCCCAGUCCCCCCAUGAGCCUUCUAACUCACCACUUUCCACAAAUCCAUUCUAAGUAUUUAUCAUCCUCUCCCCCUCCUCCUUACUUCCUCUGCUCUCUCUCCAUACUGCUCACACCUGACACCCUUCCCCCCAUGUCCAAUGUCCCCUCUUCUCUUCUUUUCCUCCUUCUUCUUCUUUACACUUGGUGCCUCUCAUCCUCUUCCUCGACUGAAACUGAGUGGUUCAGUUUCAAAUGAGCGCAAUGACAAAUGUGGGAGCAUUCAUAUCCCAUUCCCUUUUCACCUCAACAGCUCUUCUAAUUCCCCUGCAUGGCCUUCCAGCGAUGCAUUCCGUCUCUCUUGCGUCAACUCCACCACCCUUUUCCUCAACAUUGCCUCCAACUCUUACCGGGUCCUCCAGUUCUUCUCAGAUGGCAUCUUGGUUGAUUUUCCGGGCGCCACUUCUUGUCGUCAGUAUAACGAUUUGAAUUCAUUUCGUUUCUCGGGAAAUGACCACUUUGGCAUCUCUAUUGACAAUUUCAUUGGCUUGUACGACUGCGAGGAUUCUUCCCUGUGCAGAGCUGAUUGCGAGAUCAAUGUCAUGCCUGCUUGUGAUUCCAAUGGCAAUGGCAAUGGCAAUGACAGUAGUAGGACUUUCCCUGCCUGCUGCUACGCACUCUCAGAUGGCGGUGUUUGGCAAACUGGAAAUGGGUUUUCAGUGUUUUCCCAGUUUGGGUGCAGGGGAUUCUCUUGUUGGCUUCUUCAACCGGGCACCAAUCAAGGGAAGCGUGGGGUUAAAUUGGAAUGGGCUGUGCCCAAGAACUUAUCUCAGGGAGUCUGUGCUAUAAAUGCCUUCAUGGUCAAUGCUACAAGCGUCCAACAAGGGAUAAGGUGCAUGUGCCGGGAUGGCUUUGUGGGGGAUGGCUUUGCACAUGGACUUGGAUGCUCCAAAUCCUGCAUCAAGGAUGGAAGGGAAGCAAAUGGCAAGGACUGUAACACCGAAAGGCGUAAUGAAAAGAAAGUAGUAAUUCUAGCUGGAGUUCUCGCUCCGGUUUUCAUCAUUGCCUCCUUGAUUGCACUCUUUUGUCUAUUGAAACGGCAUGUUAAGUCGGGGACAUUUGAUCCUGAUCAGGCCCACUAUCAGAGCACCAUCUCAUUCCGGAAAGCUUGUAGGACUCAGUUGUUUACUUUUCAUGAGCUAGAAGAAGCCACACGAGGAUUUGAAGAUGGCCAAAAGCUUGUAGAUAGCAGUAAUGGAAGAUUGUAUUCUGGGGUCCUUGGGGAUGGAUCCCAUGUUGCUGUGCACAAGGUUCAGUGUGGGAAUGAAAGAGACCUCAUUCAGGUUUUAUCCCGGGUGGAGGUUUUAUCUGCAGUUCUACAUAGGAACAUGGCUCGCCUCCUUGGAUGCUGUAUCGACUCUGGUUACACCGCACUGGUGGUCUAUGAGUAUCCUGCAAAUGGCACCCUGGAGGAGCACCUGCAUCAAAGCAGAGGGAAAAAUCUGUGUCUUGACUGGUACAAGAGACUGAAAAUUGCAGCUGAAACCGCCAGCAUUCUUUCCUUCUUGCAGCAUGAGAUCUCUCCUCCCAUCUUCCAUCAUGAUCUCAAAUCAGGUUGCAUCUUCCUGGACCAUGACUUUUCAAUCAAAAUUGCUGGAUUUGGGCUACUGAGCUCUGCCCUUGGGGAUGGAACUCAAUCCUAUAACAACUCUGGAGGUUCAUGUUUUCAUAGAAAUGAUGUUUACAACCUUGGAGUAGUCCUUUUGGAAAUCAUUGCAGGAUCCAGAGUCUUGGACCCACCAACAGUAGCUUUGCAAAAAAUAGGGAGUGGAAAGCUGGAGGAGAUUGUAGACCCAGUUCUUUACUACCAUGAACAGCCACCAUUCCGCAGAGAGCAGAUAGAGAUAGUUGCAGACCUGGCUACAAGGUGCCUCUUGUUUGGUGGGGAUGGAAAACUAGGUAUGAUGGAUGUCACAAGGGAGCUGGUACACAUGAUGAAAGAGAGCAUGGAUGGGUGCAGUAAGAGGGGUCCUGCAUUGGAGGAAACAUUUUCCAACUCAAGCCUCCUGCAGAUGAUAUCAAUGUCUCCUGACUCCAUUUAGCCUUGAAUUGUUCUUGCUGAUCAUAUAAGAUCCCUACAACUCACCAAAUUUGGCCCAUUUCAGUGGAAGAAGGAAAUCCUCAGGCUCUCAGCCAGUGUCUCUUAGGAUCCAAAUGCUGCUGAUCUGGUCCUAUGUAUGUAAUUGUAUGUGUUAUUUUCUGGGUAUUAAAGCAUCUCAAUGAACACACAUUACACUAACAAUAAAUAUAAUAUCAUGGAAGCCUUGUCUAGUCAGAAAAUAAAAAACCAGCCCCACUUGUAUGAUUAAAUACUGUUCAAUUUUCCAGAUGGUGGAGUUCUAUUGGACCCCGACCCUAUGUCAGAUAUCAUAUUGUUGUCUGAAAUCAAUUAAAUAUAGAGUAGUUGAGGCCAAA